GCCUUGGCGCCCGGUGAACGGGGCCAGGAAGGAGCCCCCGCUGGGAGGGCCCUCCUUCCUUCCCUCUUUCCAGCCGCGAGAGGGAGCCCUGCUGAGCAGCCACCACCACCGACCCUCCCUUCCCCCGAUUACUUGCCCUCCCAGGAUCCUCUGGAGUGGCAUCCAUGGUGGUCUGCUUUUCUCCUUGAAAUCCCGCUACAGCGCAGGACGUUGCCAGGGCAGAAUGACCAGGAGGAUCCUCAAACGCACAUUGAAUUUUUCCACAUUCAUGGGUUCCUUCAUCCCGAACCCCAGCAAAUGUGGAGGGACCACUGUUCACCUUUCCAUUUUAAGAGAGUGAAAUAGUCUGAGAGGGUGAAGAUGAUUAAGGUUGCGGAAUGACCUCCCUGUUCGUUGAUGGGGAAAACGAACAGAAGACUAAUUUGGGCCCUGUGACAUUUGAGGAUGUGGUCAUCUAUUUCACAGAAGCAGAGUGGGCUCUCUUGAACUGGACCCAAAGAGCCCUCUACAAGGAGGUCAUGCAGGAGAAUUACCAGAAUGUGAUGUCGCUGGGCACGUCCCCCAUCUCGCAGGCACCCACUGCCACUGCGAAGGACACCCAAGAGUCCCAAAGGCAACGGGCAAAAUUUUGGAGCAAAGAAGAGAUCGGGCUUUUUGUCGAUCUCUGGAUCAGUCCAGAAGUACAAAAUGAACUCCGGAAUAUGUACCACAACGAGGCAGUCUUUAACUGGCUCUCCACAGAGAUGGGCCUACGGGGGUACAACCGUUCGGCCCGCCAGUGCCGGGAGAAGAUGAACGCUCUGAAAAAGAAGUACAAGGAAGUCACCACUCAGAGUAAGGGCUCGGGGGUUGACCUGAGUGCCAUGCCGUACUACAACAAGCUAGCGAUGAUCCUGGAGAAGAGAGACUCCACACCCAGGCCCCCACCAGAGAAGGGGCAGUGGCAGAGGCAGACAACUUUGACGCUGGCUAGGCAGACCUCACCGCUUGCGCUUGGGACUUCUGGACAGGCUGCACGAUCUCCUUUAACCACCGCGCCGGUAUUGCGGACGGCACUGGCUGCCACCCAAGGCAAGCCACCCCCUCAGAAGCAGCCUCGCCUUCUGCCAGAGAGUAAGUUUGGACUUGCUCAGGCUGGGACGACGUCCCCCACUCCACCACACGAUCUUCUCUUGCAGGCCGGCGGGAGCAUGACUACCGCACAAAAAGGCCAAAAUCACCUUGGCCUGCUCACUCCAAAAAUCAAGGAGGAGAAACUGCAGGAAGAGGAAACCAGCUCGAUCUCCAGUGUACUCCCAAGCACCCUCCUGCCUGUGGAAGUCCGGGUGGUAGACGAGAAUGGCAUCACCAUUGCCUCUGUGGAGUGCAAGCAAGAAAAAGAGGAAGAGGAGGAGGAGGAACACCCUGAGACUGGCAGCGUUGAGAUGGAUUUUGACACCAAACUCAUCAAAAAUAUAGUGGACAAUGGUGACCCUCCAGAGGCAGCGGCCAUCCGAAUUGACCCCAAUGGGCUUUCAGAGUUCUCAGAAGAACUGUAUGGCGGGGCUGAAGAUGGCUCCGGGGAUUUGCUGCAGUCUUUAGAAGACAGAUUCUCCACAUACCAAGGGCUUGAAGACAGCAGCCUUGACAGGGAUAAAGGAGACCAAGAGCGUCCACUCUCCAGGGCAUUAUCUACAGCUGAAAGUCUCAUACAGGAACAGGAACGCAAAGCACUCGAAAAUGCCGAUGCAGCCUCGAUUCUCCUGGACAUUGUGGGAUGCAAGGAUCCAAACUCAGGUGGUGAUGUCGGUGAUGAACCCCCGUUAAGCCGUGUCCUGCCAACUGGAGACUUAGAUGGGGACGCCCCAUUGACCAGUGCACAAAGGGCUGCCAGAUUCAGGAACAAGAGAAAAAUAGAGAGGGCUCAGCUGGCGAAGGACCUCAUCAAAGCCACCAAGGAAACCGGGGAGCAAAUUCGUGAUGCUCUCUACGACCUCGACAGCAAGGAGUCACAGAGACGGGUGGAUGACCGCCGGGUGGCCGUCUGGUGCGCCAGGCAUAUUGCCAAAAGCAUAAGGGACUCAAGCCAGACGAUGGCCACAGCCAUGCGUGACUCAGACGCAGCCUUCCAGCGUUGUAUGGAGAGCUACACCGCUGCUCUGGAGAGGCAAACAACUCUGUUGGAGCGUAUUGCAGACACGCUAAAUGGGCGGGCGGCCACUCCACAAGCCUCCUCGGAAGUUCCUAGAGAUGGGACGCCUGUAACUCCCAUACGGGAGAGUACCACACCUUCUCCUUCCCAGCCCCUUGGGAAGGGGAGUUCCAAGAGCUCCGAAAAAGAUCCCCCCCUUACUGAGAAAUCAACCUCAGAACAAGGGGGAAAUUCCUAAUGGUUGGGGUGGGAUCAGACCAAAGUACUUGUAAGACAGGGCUGGGGAGAUACUUGUCCCCCCAGAUGAUGUUGGAUUCCAGCUCCCACCACUGUCUUUUUCUCUUAUUGGUGUAGUCUAUCUUUUUCCUUCCAAAUUGUGCAUUACAUUUUUAUGCUUUUCUUCAUUUUAUGUUUUAAUAGUGUUCACGCUAUUUUAUCAUAAGCCACCUUGGGUCCCAUCUGUGGGAAAAAAGCAAGGAGACAAGCUGGGUCAGUCAAAUCAAGUUCUCUUUUGCCAUUGGCUGUGCUGGCUAGGACUGAUGGACAUUUCAGUCCAGCAGAAUAUGAAAGGCUUUAUCUUUCAACACCUCUGUCUUAACGUAGAAACCAGAGACGUAACUGUGUUAGUCUGAAAUAUCAUUAUGCAAAGGGAUCUUGCAGCGCCUUUGAGAUGUAAGUGUGCAAAAGAAGAUGCAGCAUAAGCUUUUGUAGACUUGGUGUACUGAGUCUACAAAAGCUCUUGCCACAGCUUCUUUCACACAGUCUCAAAGUCUUAAAGUGUCAUUGUUCAUCUUGUAAGCGGGAAAAUAUUUGCAAGGCAUUCUUGCAUGUGGAUGAAACCACCUUGGAACUAUGGAAAGAAAUAUUGUUAUGCCCGCAUUUGAUCUUAUCUGAGCUUUCCUUUGUUAGAUUACUUCAGAAGGUUGUGUUGUACUUUGCCCUGAAUGGGGAUGCCUUGAUUUUGGAACAGGACUCAUGAGCUCCAGAUGUAGAGAAACUGCAGUCCCCAUCAGGUGUGGAAACUGCACAACUCCCACACCUGAUGGAAAAUAGAACAGUCACCCUAAGGAUGCUGAUCCCUUUUCACCACUCUCCAACAAAAGCAGGGAUGGUGGAGUCAGAGAAAAUGUAGGCACGGAUAAACAAGCCCAUCCAAAAGGCUAGAACAACUUCCCUAUGGAAAAAAAAGGUGGCAACAAGUGGGCAUCCUUAGCUUAACAAGAAACCUGUGGAACAUGCUAGAUGCUGAUAGACUGCAGUUCCCAGAAGAUCAGCAAUGGGAAUUGUAGUUCAACAUCAGGUGGUCUGCCUGUUCCUUGCCCUUUCAGUUAGAACAAGUUUGGCAAUUUUUUGGAGUAGCGGGGAGCACUUUAUCACUUUUCACCUUUUUUCUUUUUUGUUCUCUGGACCAUUUUAGAUCUAGCAGAGGCCAUGAGGAAGUGCUUCCAGUCCAGCAGAACCUGAAGGGCUUUAUAUUCAACACCUUUGUGUUGAAGUGUUGACUGUGGGUCACUUCCUGCAAAGAAAAAUUUUGAGCAAUUAUUUUUUUCAAGCAAAGGUUAGAAUCCUUGGGCCCUUGUCCUACUCCUGACUUUAAUAAAAGACUACGGGGUCGACAGCACAAUAGAUAAAAGUAUUUACAGGCUGGAGAAAACAAAGGAAGGGGAGAGGUCUUAGUUCCAUUCACACAGCAUUAGGUCUCUUGACUAGUAAGGUGAGGUACAUCUUUAUAGAGUGUGAAAUUAAGCUGUGGAACCUACUGCCACAAGGUAGAGUGAAGGCCACUGCCUUGGAUGGUUUUAAAAGGAGGAUUGAACAGAUGUGUUGAGAAUAAGGCUAUUAGUAACCACUAGUCAUAGUGGUUAAAAGCCACCUGCAAUGUUCAAGGCAGUAUGCUGGGAGCACAAGCGAGGGCACUCGUAUCCGGUACUUUCCAAGGGCAUCUCACUUGGCUGCUUUGCAAAAAGAAUGCUGGAUGAUACUGUCUUUUGACCUAGCGCUGCUCUUACAUUCUUACUGUUCAGUGACACAGCUGUAUAAGCCUGGAGUAUCAAUAUACAAAGGGAUUUUGCAGCAGCUUGGACUAUUCAUAUAAUCUGAUUAUUAAGGACCUUCCAGGGCACCGGUGCACUCCAUACCUCUUAAGUGCAAAAGCUCAUGCUGCCACUUCUUUCACUCAUUUACUCUUUCUUUCACUCAUGCAUUCUUAAUGUUAUGGAAAAGGGACUUUGAGACUAACUGCGAAAUAAGUUGGUAGGACGAACCUUUGAAGACUUGGUCUACUUCCUGUGAAGAAGCCGGCCAAGGGCUAGUCUGCAUGUAAAUGUAUUAUGCAAAUUGCUGCAGAUAUUCUCACAUUUGCAUGGGCAUUUAAUUGUCUUCAUUUUCACAUGCAAAUUUGCAUCUAUUUGCAUCUGUUUACCCUCCUCUUGCCGUAAAUGUUCACCCAUCUGAAUCCAAAGCUAAUGGAUAGCUGUAUGUGCAAUGAUGCACAUUUCUGCUGAUUUUGUGUUCCUGCAUGGCAGGGCAUGGGACUGGAUGGCCCUUGGGGUCUCUUCCAACUCUAUGACUCCAUAGAUACACCAUUAAAAACCACAAAGCCUUUUUCUGUAGCAUUUGAGGAGUUUUUGACCCCUGCGUCCUUAAAAAGCACAAACACCUGCGAAUUACAUGUGGCCCAAUCACAUUCUGUUUGAUGGGAAUGAGAAGUAUUUUAAUUGUGUAGACUAGCUCCAAGUCUAUGAAAGCUCAUGCUACAACUUUGCACAAUUAGUCUCAAAGAUUCUACAUGGCCCCUUUGCAUUCUGAUAUUCCAGACGAACAUGGCUGUGUCUCUGAAUUGCUACUGCUGUUUACAAAACUCAGAUUAGAUCGGGAUUAUUUUUUUUUUUAAAUAGUUCACUGUACAAUUUCCAGUAUUCUUUACCAGCACUGCCCACAACUAUUAUUUUGCAACUGGGGGAAAAAAAUCAAAGUUAAAAGAACUGUCACACAAUUGAAACAAGACAUUCUCUUUUCAUUUUCAGGUCAGCCAUUAUUGGCCACAGUAGUAUCUACUGCAAUAUUGUUUUCUUUUUUAAAAAGACUUUCUCUUUUAGCUUUCUACGUUUCUGGCAUUUUCUGUUCUAGCAUCUUCUGCUAGAAACGCCCAGACAAACGUACUGAGAAAGUUUAAGAAUACAUUUUUUUUAAUUAAAGAAAAUCCUACACUGGGUUAGCAAUGCUGUUUAGGAGUGAUGGGAGUUGUAGUCCAACACAUCUGGGGAGCACUGAGUUGGAGGAGGCUGAUCUAGAUUCUCCAUUUCAGAGCAGCAUUCUGCAGAGAUGCAAAAUUUCUGGAAAUUUGGAAGCCAUGGAGUUAAAAAAAAGUUUCUUUUUCUAGGAGAAAAAGGCAAAUUGAGUGGACGAUUAUAUGCAAUACUUAUUUUUCAUUUCAUACCCAAACUUUAGCAACAUAAAAUGCUUCACGCAUAACUUAGCAUAUUAGGAUUGUACUGUUUGGCAUAUUUAUGAUUUUUUAAAAAAUAAAAGCCUUAAUUUUGUACGAGCAAAAUUGUGAGUAUACCUUAUACUACAGAGAGGGCUGUCGACUGCUGCAUCCUGUACUACGUUAGCAUAUGCGUCUUGGGUUUUGCCGGUUGAGAAAUAGGGGCAAAUGAAAACGGGAACCCAGAGUUUUGAAAUAAAGGAAAAUUUAUCAUUUGGACAAAAACAGUUAUCGGUUGUAAGGACUAAGCUAGCAGCACAACUUGUUAGCAUGGAAAAUACAGAACUGUAAUCUUAUUACAAGUGACGAAGGGCCUUCUCAGCGAGCUUUUCUCAUGAAGAUGGUUGCACCCACUGGGUGCAGAAAUAGGUUUCCCAUUUGAGUGGGGUAUAUGUUUAAUGUAGACGCAGGAAUUACUUCCCAAUCCAGCAAUAGCUGAAGGGUAGCUGUGACUGUUCUUUGGCCGUUGACCCUUCCAGAUUUCCUGGUCCACCUUCUUAAAGAUCCCAGCAACCCAAGGGUAAAUUGCCAUAGAAAACAUGCUAUUAAAGGAAAGGUGAAUCACCUUUUUACAGAGAUUGCAGGCCCCCUUGAUCUGUGCACAGCUUAACAUUUUAUUUUUUAUAAAACACUUUUACAAAGAAAUCUGACUUCUGGUUUUGCCUUUUUAAUUUUUUGGCAAUCUGUACAGAAAAUUGCAGAAAACAGUCGUAUUUUUAAAAAAAAACUUCUCUAUAUUUUUUACUGAUGUUUCUGUAUGUUUUCAUUUGUUCUGGUUUUAAUAUUCUGUAAGUUGACUUUUAAGUCCCAGUAUUGGGAGAGGGAAAAGAAAGGCUGGAUAUAAAUUAAUAAAAUAAUAAUAA